CAUGUCCAUCCUCGCAUCCACCCGGUGCCGCAUCUUCCACGAAGAACCUUCCCGCGGUGCGCCAUCGCCAUGGCUGAAGAAUUCCGAGGAAAUCCCAGCCGGAGCAUAGGUGCCAUGUUUGCCUGGCUGGUGGGCUUCGAGGAAUGCAUCGUUUGCCAUCGGGACCGCGAGCGUCUGUGGGAACACGACAUGGAGGUGAAUAGCGGCCUUCCAGCCGUGCCUGGUUUUCAGGAUGGGCCGCUCACGGAGCAUGGGCCCCUCACUGGCCGAGGCAAGCUACCUCCUGGUCCUCGCUUGAGAGCCGUUCCCACCUACCAAGCCGCUGAAGCAGAGACGAUGCUCGGCGAACCGCUUUUGGUGGGGACCUUGAUGCAGAUCAAGUUGGAGGAGUCGGUGCAGCAGACGCAAGUGGCACUCUUUGCCAAUGGCUUCACCAUGCAGCCACAGCAAGGUGGCAAGAUGGUGAAUCGUGCGUGGUCCCCCUUUUCCUUGGUGGAGAAAUGCCAGGUGAAGACCUUGCAGCACUCAGCCUAUUGGGCAGUCUUCAAGUUGACCGUCUUCCGCGCUGGGGGCCACGACCUGUGCCUCUACUUCGCAUGCACCGGCGGCAAUGCCUACAAGGAACGUGAUCGAUGGGUGGAAAAGAUUGGCACCUUAGUCUCCCAGGUGACCGUCAGUCUCUUCCCGGUCUCGGACAUCCAGGUACAGCCCUUGCCGGGGAACGAGGCCACGCGCACGCGAAUCUUAGCAGGUUUCCUGCUCCAUGGCUCCGCCAUGGACACCUGUCAGUUGGUCUACGCGGAGCUGCAUGCGUACUCCGCGGGCGAAUCGAAGUUGACCCUCUACCGAGACGCUUGGUGUGACCGCGAGUUGUCCACCAUCGGACUGUCGGAAUCCACCACGGUCUCCACGCGCUCCGGGGUGUACUGCAACGUUUUUGGCAUCGACCAUCACCGCUUCUGCGCCCGGAAUGGCGACGAGAAGGACCUUUGGCUCCGAGCCGUGAGCAACGUCAAGGUGAAGCUGAUGUUCGAGGCACCGGAUCCCACCAUCGAGGAGAUUUGGGUCUUUCGACAAUCAGUCCAGGAACGAGUCUCCCUCCUUGCAGGAGAUGCGGAACCACCGAGCAACGGAGCGCUCUUGCUGGAGGUGACCAACAAGCCACCGCGGAGCCCCACGGGAGACGCCAUGGAUCCGGCACCUGUCGAGGAUCCGACACCCUUGUCCAAACCCGCUUUAGGCGGCAGUGGAGAUGUGGCAGCUGGGCCUGAAGCGGACGCCGGUGCCAAACUCAAGGAGCCGGCGCCGGCGCCCACGGUGCCAACGUCCUCGCCGGUGGUGCCGCACGCGCCGGCGCUGCCGCACGUGGAGGGCAGUGUGGUCGGCGAUCCAGUGCCAUCGAUCCCUGAGGAAGCUCCGAAGGACGAUGCCUCGCUGCAAGAAGCCGAGCUCCUGCCUGGCGAAGGCAGCGUUGCCACGCGCCUGCCGCGCGUGCGCGCGGCGGGGCGUUUGCGGGAGGAUGCCACGCACGAGGCCAUCCUUCAAUCCGCGGCCUUGGCCACGCAGGCCGCCCACGAUCUGGAGACGGACCCCGAGGUGGCCACCGAGGGUGGUCGCUCGGCGCAGGACUCGCAGAAGCUCCGGCUCCCACCGCGGCGACAGCCGAUCGAGGGGCUGGAAGUGAGUGAGAAGGCCUUGGAAUGCAUUGCGGUUUGCACCGGCGCACAGCCCAGAGCCUUGGAGCCUCGGCAGAACUUUGCGAUUUGAGGCCGCCAGGCUGACAACGCUGCGGUGAAAGUGAGUGGGGCGAGCGGGGGUGAGGGUGAGAGGAUGGAAGUGGCGACGGAUUCCACAUGAGUGGA